AUGGAGGGCGGUUUCACCGUGAUCGCGCCUCCGCUUCCACCUCGUUAUGAAACUCCAUCUAUUUGUAACCGAAGUUUUGACACAGCCACGGUGUUUUCUUCUAAGACUGUUGAGUGCCUUGACAAAAAUGGAAAUGCUGGAGUUUUCAAGUGUCCAGAAGACGACAAACCACUGGACUAUGGCAAAAUUUUUCCUGAUAACGAUUUGUACAAAGAGAUCACAUCUAGCAUUGUGCGCUGCAAGCAUUAUAAAGAAGGCUGUAAAUGGGUCGAUCCACUCUCAAGCUUACAGAGUCACUUGGAUGUUUGCCGCUAUGAUGCAGUAUCCUGUCCCAACAGUUGCUCAGCUCUCUUGUCCCGUAUGUGUGUUCAUGACCAUCUCGAAUACACCUGUCCACGAAGACGAGUUCUCUGUGAGUUUUGUGGUAAUGAAUUUUCAGGAGAGCAGAUGGAGCAGAGUCAUUCAGGGAACUGUCUCUAUGAGACAGUCUGGUGUGAAAACAAGUGUGGAGCCCGGCUUGAGAGACGCUAUCUCUCCAAUCACAUGAAGAACGAGUGUCACAAGCGAACAGUUCAGUGUCAAUUCUGCAAAAGAGAAUUUGUGGAAGAAACACUUCAGACUCACCACUACCAGUGUCCCAGAUUUCCCAUACAGUGCCCCAACAGAUGUGAUCCUGCUAAAAUUCCACGAGAGGAGGUUGAUGGUCACAUCAAAGAACACUGUCCCUCAGUAUCAGUCACAUGUGCUUUUAAGGAGGCUGGAUGUAAAGUCAAGUGUCAGAGAUUUCACUUGGACAGCCACAUGGAUGAGAACCUUAAGCGACACCUGUCAAUGGCUUGGGACUUGGUAAAACAGCAACAACAAGAAAUUCGUCAACUUCGGAAUGCUUUACAUGCCAGCACCCAAGUAACAAAUGGCAAUUACAUCUGGAGAAUUUCCGACUACAAAUCGAAAUAUCUUGAGUCUGCAUACAAAGGUGCUAAGGAACUCACCUGCCAACCCUUCUACACGUCACGUCACGGCUACAAAGUGUCAGCCUCAGUGUUCCUAAACGGUUAUGGAAACUCUGAUAACAAAUACCUUUCAUUGUACUUCAAGAUUUUGCCUGGUGAAUAUGAUAACCUCCUCGAAUGGCCAUUUCGUUUACCUGUGACUUUCACUCUGUACGAUCAGGCAGCAGACCAAGACAAACGAAGAAAUAUUGUUGAGAGGUUUAUGCCUGACCCCACGCGCAAACAGUUUAAAAAACCUCAUCCUGAUAUGGAGUCGCUGGGGUUUGGUUAUCCCAAAUUUGUCUCCCUUGAGACCCUAAAGACAAAGAAUUAUAUUAAAGAUGAUAUCUUAUACAUUGGGAUCAAAGUGGAUAAUAAAAGCUUUAUUGUACCUUAG